UGUGGAUGUGUGUUUUCUUCUGUAGGUUCGAACAUGCCGUGUACAGCUGAAGCAGUUGAUGUUUUCAGAAAGGCAAAUGUUCUUAUUGCUCCUGCCAUUGCUGCUGGAGCUGGUGGAGUUGCCGCCGGAGAAAUUGAAGUCCUCCGUGAAUCUAAUUCAAUGCAAUGGUCAGCAGAAGAUUUUGAGUCUAGAUUACAAGAAGCACUGAAGCAGACUUAUGAGAAGGCUCUUAAAGCAGCAAAUGAUUUUGGUUAUCCGAAAGAAAGUCCCGAGUGAGUGUUUCUCCUCAUGAUACUAAACCCAUCAGUCAGUUUUACUAUGCUGG